AUGAUGCCCAUUCUUCCUCCUGAGAUUUGGCAACAUAUUGCGAGCUUCGUACCAGAUUCCCAGUUGACCAAGCUCUAUAGCGUUAACAGAAUCUUCCUGGAAGUAGCGUUCACAGCUAAAUAUGGAACGAUCGACGUCGACCCGUCGACCGUCACGCCGCCGUUGGAAUGCCUGCAGGUCCCACAUAUCGCCCACCGCGUCCAUAAGUUCAGAAUUUCUCUUGAAUUUAUCAAGUAUAAUGUAUGGCUUGCGGUCAACCGACAAAGCAGAGCGAGCAUUGUCAGUAGGGCAUUAACGAAACUCGGUGUUAAAUCGGGACAAGACCCGUACCUGCGCAAGACACAGAAGACACUUUUGGCUAGCAUUCCACAUUUGAAGAACAUCAGAGAGUACUCCAUGUUUUGGGAUCCACAAAUAUACGAUGAGCCCAAAAUUACAAAGACUAACCGUGACGCUCCUGGAACCUGGACCGGGGACUCAUUGGCAAGGACCUUUCGUCGGAUACCUCUCCUCCUUGCUCCGAGGCUGCAGAACCUCUCAUCGCUAGAUAUCGCGCUGGUUUCCGGUUUUUGGACCUUCACUACCGGGAAGUGGAACCUGAAGUCUUUAGCGGCUUUAUUAUCAUUUGUGAAUGGAUUGGCUCCUACGUUGGAGGCGCUCUCGAUUUCGCCGCCUGCCCCUUACGACUUGAAACCACUAUUCGAAGGUCUAGGACAUUUCUCUCGUCUGCGGCACUUAUGUGUGCGUGAGCCUAUUGAUGGCAUACACAUGAGCGACAUCGCCAUCUUCCAGAAAUUCAUCGACUCACAUCGAGACACGCUCAGAGAGUUGACGCUGGGGGCCGACACACACUCUAGCUUCGACUACUCCGAAACAUCCUGGGUGCCACGGCUCUUCCAAUCCAUCUCACCGAUACCCCUCGACUCCCUUCGUCUGGGGCUCUUGUACCACGUUGAUCCCUUGAAAACUGUCUUUGAACAGGUAGCGAGGUUCUGCGUAGGUCUUCGAAGUUUCAAAAUGACCGGAACGACCAUGAACUACGACGAGCUCUCCUUGCUGGCAACAACACUUUCGGUAGGGUGCCUCACCACACCUAUACCCCUCCGCGAACUGUAUAUCUGCAUUGCCGACCUCGACAAGCCGGUGAUUGACCUGCUGGCGACGCAAUUCCCUCUCCUCAAGAAACUUUCCAUCCGCAUCUCCCCCCUUGGUAUGAAAGCCCGAAGCGGAACGUUCAUCCGCAGCUUGAAAGGAAUUCAGUAUACGGGUUGGAAGGUCGCAGACCUCUCUGUAGGAAUUGAUACCCCUCCACGAACCUAUCCCUCUCGUCAACUCGAACACGCCAUCAUGGAAGUACUCGCCCUCGCCAUACCCAGCAUCAGGAGGUUCAAUGGUGUCGAGGUCAUCGCCAAACGCACGCGGGGCGUCGAAUUAACAACUUUCGAGUUGGUCACAUAA